AUGCUUGCGACCGUCCCUGAGUAUGUGCUUCGCAAAGCAAUCAUUGAAUCCGGUCAUGGACGUCUAUUGGGCCUGGCAUCUGUCGGUGCUGUGGUUGACAAGCCCCCUGAGUUCCGCGCUCGCCGCUUGUCUAGCCCUCGACUUACAUCCCUGGUCAAGGACCUGUUUACGGCGGAGGUAGAGGCCCGGCUGAAGUACCUCGUAGAGUCCGGACUACCUCUCCAUACCAAAGACGCCAUUGAGAAGGUCAUGGACGAAUAUCAUAAUAUAUUCCACGUUGACUGCCAAGAAGCAGAAGCGGCCAUACAAGAGAAGGUCGAAGACGCCUCUUUGGAAGUAAAGAUGACUCUAGAGGACGGUAUGGAAGAGAUCAAGGAAUUGGUCGAGGAACACCUUCAUAAACUGGCUGAUGAGCACGAGAUCUUCGAUGGCAAAGCCAACCUUGAGCUUGACAGUCUUAGAUGUUGGUUCGUCAAGUUCGCUCGCACGUUGAUCUUCGAGAAGCAGUCAGGGCAAGUUCCAGGAAGAGAUCUGGCAAGAUGUACAUCUAUAUAG